AUGGCAUCAAAAGAUUAUCAAGUGGAUUAUUACAUUAAUUCGCUUAUUAUUGAUAGAUUGAUUGAAGUAAAUAUAGCUGGAAAAAUUUUAAUGGAUAUGAUAGUGAAAGGACAAGAAAGUGAUGAAACAUCAGGAGAUUUAUCUUUAUACGUUACAAUUUAUAUUGAAAUGAUGAUUUCCGCUUGUUUGGCUAGAAAUGAUAACAAGAUAGCACAAGAAUUUGCAAACACCAAAUAUAAAUCAUAUAUUUCCAUACUAUGA